UCCUCCCCUCCUCCCCUCCUCCCCUCCUCCCCUCCAGUCUCCAGGAGGAUGAAGGGACUGCAGCGUCUCUCUGAUCCCACAGUCAGAGCAUCCUUCCUGUCCUCCGUCCGUCUCCUCCUCCUGUCUCUCCUUUCUUUCCUCGGUGGGAGGACAUGGACGUGUUCCGGCUGCCUCCCGUCAUCGAGGAGGUUCUGGAGGCUGCAGAAGAGAUUUGUGAGCUGAAGGUGGAAAAGGAGGUGAAGGAGGACAAGGAGGAGAAGGAGAAGGAAGAAGAGGAGAGGGAGGUGAAGGAGGAAGAGGAGGAGGAGCUGAGGGCUCAGAUGUUCCAGCUGCUCCUGGAGCUGGAGGAGACUCGGGAGGUUUCCCAGAGACAUGAGGAGAGUUUCAUGGAGAUGCAGGGUCUGUUGGAGGAGGAGCGACUGGCCAGCGCCCACCAGGCGGAGAGCUUCACCCGACACAUCCAGAGACUUCAAGCCCAGCUUCGUUCUGUCCGAAGGAGCGAGAGCUGUAGGAGGAGGGAGCUGGUGCUGCAGCAGGAGGCCGAGGAGGCGGCGGCCGAGAGGGAGAACGACAUCGCCUCCCUGCAGGAGGAGCUGUGUCGGCUGAGGGCGGAGCUUCAGCGUCUCCACAGCAACACAGCCCAGUACCAGCAGGAGGCUGCCACGCUGAAGGCGGAGCUUAGCAUGAAAGGGGCGGGGCUUAACCCCACGAGCGUCGCCACGGCAACGCAGGGUGACCAGGAGUUCUUGGCUCUGAUUGGCCAACGGCAGAAUCUCAUUAACUGCAACAAACAACUCAGCAACAAAGUGGAGCAACUUCAGCAGCAACAAGACACGUGUGAUGACGUGUACCUGGCAGUCAGAGCGGAGGGCAGCACUGAGCCUGAGCUCAGGUACAUCACCCUGUCCCACUCUGGACCCGGACACCUGGACCAGUCUGGACCCGGACACCCGGACCCGGAUACGUCUUCACCCGGAGAGGACGUCAGUGUCCUGAAGGUCCAGCUGAGACAGGCAGAGGACGCAGCCCAGAAGGUCCAGAGGGAGUGCGACGUCCUGAAGGACGAGUUGGACGAGCUGCAGCAGCUCUAUGAGGACAGCCAGCGUCAAAGGACGGAGCUCGUCCAGGAGCUGCAGCGCUGCAAGGACGAGUUGGACAGACUGGGGGACGGACUGGGGGACGGGAGGUCACAGACUGAUGCUGAAGGCUGGAACCUGAUGGUGGCAGCGGUUGCCGUGGCAGCCGUCCUAAUUCUGGUCGUCCCCAGCUUGUCCAGGGCCUGAGAGGUGAAGUCAACCAUCCAGCGCCGCCCUCAUACAUGAUGUCUGCUUGUCACACCGCCAUGACGCUUCGACCCCAACGCCACAGACGUCAGUGAGGAGGGAAAAGCAAUAAGACGUCGUCCUUCCUGAGUCUUUACUCGUCCUGUAGGUCAGACGAUGCUGGUUUUCAAACGUCCAUCAUGACCCACGAGUCAAACUGGAAUCAGGUAUUUACACUUGAGUUUAGUUCAUUUUAGAUCAAGUCAGUCGCUCCAGUUAACCAACAUGUGUCCACAUGAAUGUGUCCCUGUUGCUACGGAGACAAACUAACUUGUGGACAUUGUCCAACCAGAGGAGAGCUGACGCUUCUUAUUGAGAACAGUGUCUCCCAGUGAACAGUGGCUGCAGGAGUGGACACA